AUGUGGAAGAUAAUAUUUUUUCUAGUGGCGGGCUACCUCCCCAUCCACUACUUAAACUAUGCUGUCCUGAACGGAGAUGCUCCGUUCCUAGCAUCCUUUGGAAUUGUGAUGUGCAUAGCCCUUUCUUCCUUCGGCACCUCAAAAGGAUACCAGGCAAUAGGAAGAUACAUGAUAGGAUCCUCGAUAAAGGCCCCGCGCGUGGGAACCAGAGCUCUUCUGGGAAUUGUCAUUUGCGAGGCGAACUUCUUUUUCUGCUUGGUCAUGUCCAACCUGCUUCUGACGAAAAUGGACAACGUCAAGUCUUAUGGCGGCCAAUGCAUCCUCUUUUCUGCGGGAUUCAUAGCAGGUGUCUGUUCCUACUGCUCAUCUCUUGCAAGUGGAAUCAUAUGUGCUGCGAUUACAAUGAUGGAUGCCAAAGAUCCGACACUCUUCUACAAGCUGGUCUUUCUAGAGGUGAUUCCAGCAGGAAUAGGCAUUCUUGGGUUGGUUCUUGGGCUUGUUCUAUCUGAUAAGGCGGUAUAG